CCGGCUCGAUGCGGUAUUUAGAACAAGACCUGCGAAGACCGAACAUGUGUAAAGGAUCUGGACGCCAGUCAGACUUCCGUAAAGGCAGGACCGAUCCCGAUGCGAACAUCUCGCGGCGAACUCGAUCGAGAUCCAGACCUCAAAGGCAACGCAGUUUUUCUGUCGGCUCCAACGCUUCGACGAGGUCUCGUCGUCGGGACAGUGUUUCGACUUACUGGUCCCUGAAUGAUCUCAACAACCAGGUUCGAUCGAGGUACGGCUGGCGUACCGUGCGCCUCAUCAAGGAUUUCGUGAGGGCGAACGAGCUCAGCGCCGAGUUCGUCAACACCGAGAACUUCCUUCGCAGAUGCCGUGAUGCUGGGCUCAUCCCCGAAAUUUAUUGGGUGACUAUCCCAGAAAUACGUCACACCAAGGAAGUCACGCACCUGCUGGAUAAGUGCUCCUUCCAGCUGAUGUGCAAGGAUCUCAAGAAUAAUCGCACGCGUCGUCAGCAGCUCGAGUUCCGCAUCGAUGACCUCGAAAAACAAUUGUCUAAUGUACUGUCGCAGAAGGACUUCCGACGAGUGCUCGACAUCGGCAGGCAACAUGGAGACAUGUUGUUCGAGAAGAUCCGUGACAAGCAGCGCAAAGACUUCAGCGAUCUUCGCAAGCAGGCGGCAAGAAACCAAGAGCGGAAAGCGAAGAAAACUAACAGUUCCCCUCGAAAAAUGAAUCCCAUGAGACGUGGGAAAGAUCCCAGCGACCUCGGGAAGGAAGAGGAAAAACAACAAAGCGGAAGAGUACGGCGCCGCAGAGCGAACUCUCUCUCUUCAAAAGAGGCUUCCGACGAUGAGUGAUCUCCCGCAGCUCGGAAGACUGAGACUAUUUUUCAAGUAAUGAAGCGAUUGAAAUACAUUUCUCGUCCCUU